GAGCAGUGUGUGUAUGUGUGUGUGUGCGUGCGAGUGGGUGUGUAGAUCUGUGCUAAAGAACACUGUGAGAUUGCCUAGAUGUCUGUCUGUCUGUUCCUGCCUGUGUGAUCCUGACUCCAGAUAUAGAGCCGAACGCCUGGAGCCCCUCACCCCAGCACCAACUAGUUUGGAGGAGGAGAAGGCGAACGUGUUCUUUCACAAACACUGGCUACAGAGGCUGAGGCUUAAGAAAGAAAAAAGAAGGAGGGGAAUAAAAAGUAGAGAGAGAGAGAGAAACACAACUAAGCCCAGCCCUUGUCGGUGCUGCCUGGAUUGGAUCUGGUUUGAGUUUUCUCCCUGCUGACUUGUGUAGCAAGAGAGGAGUGGAGGGAAAUAAGUAACUGACUCUUCCUCUGAAGCUUAAGCAAACCUGCUGGGUGAUUCCACUAGUGGGAAGCUUCCCUGGGUGCAGUUGCUUCAUAGUUUAUUGCUCCCAGUCACUAAAGAAUUUCCUGCACUUCUCAAGAAUCUGAAGGAAAAAGCCAUCACUUCACAUGAUCUGAUAGUUGCUUGUUGCCUAGAGACUUUAUACCAUUUUUUCAGGGGAUUCGUUUUUCCUGGUCUCUCCUACCACAGCAGUUUCUUGAGCGUGUGGCAUUGAAAUCUAUUGAAUUGUUUUGUUAACAACUGUAGGAUAAACAUUUUUUUUUCCUUUUUUUAUCUCUUGUUGCUUUAUUUUGUUUGAUUUUUUUAUUUAAAAAAAUCCCUUUUUGGGGUGGGGGGAGAUGAUCGUGCUGAUGUGGAAUAAGUGCUCCUGCUGUCUCCUCUUACUAGCCGCGGUCCUGAUGGUGGAGAGCUCCCAGCUAGACAGCUCCAGCUCUAAGGUGAACUCCAUCAAAUCCACCCUGAUGGGGGAGGCUCCAACACAGGCAACCAACAGAUCUGCAGGCAUCCACCGGGGACUGACACUUGGUAGCACUAAGAAAGGAAAAAUCCUAGAGCAGAUGGGAAAACCUCCAAAGCACUAUCACCGGCAAGGAGAGGUCUACCCUUGCACCAAUGAUAAAGAAUGUGAAGUUGGGAGAUACUGCCAUAGUCCUCAUCAAGCUACUUCUGCCUGUUUGAUCUGCAGGAGGAAAAAGAAACGUUGCCACAGAGAUGGCAUGUGCUGCCCUGGGAACCGCUGUAAUAAUGGUAUUUGCAUACCAGUUACGGAAAGCAUCCUAACUCCUCACAUCCCUGCUCUGGAAGGGCCACGCAACAAGAAAAAUGGCCAUUAUUCUAGCAAGGACUUUGAAUGGCAGAAUCUGGGAAGGCCGCAGUCUAAGCUUUCACACCUAAAAGGACAUGAAGGGGACCCCUGCUUACGCUCAUCUGACUGCAUUGAGGGGCACUGCUGUGCUCGCCAUUUCUGGACCAAAAUUUGCAAACCUGUGUUACAGCAGGGGGAGGUAUGCACCAAGCAACGCAAGAAGGGCUCCCACAGCCUGGAGAUUUUCCAGCGAUGUGACUGUGAUAAAGGGCUCUCUUGCAAAGUAUGGAAAGAUGCCACCUCUUCUUCUAAAUCAAGACUUCACGUGUGUCAGAAGAUCUGAACGAGGAUUGGGAAAAUAUUACUAACAGACUGUGAAUCUGUGUAUUUAAUGCAUUACAGCCUGGUGGGAAAUGAAGAUUGUAAAUAAAAACAGAAUAGCUAAAGUAACAAUUGUGGUAGGAAUAGAAAUCACCCCAAACUGCACUUGUUUUGAGUUGGCGGUAAAUGUGAUAGCAGCUGGAGUUUUCCAUUGUGCAACUUUUUUGUGUAAAUAAUGACGACAGUUUGUGGGAAAUGCUAUUAUACAAGCACAAUGGAAAUUAUUGACAUUUGCAAUGCUGCAUGGUCCCAUGCCUUUUGAAGGGUUCCUAACACGCCAACUCAGUGUUAGGAAUGGGGUAAGUGUCCUCCACAGUAAUGAUUGCUAAAUAAAUUUUAUGCAUAUUCCAACAGAAACCAGUGAUUUACAGAAAGACUUGUCUGUCAACUCAUUAUGGGCUACUAAAAUCAUAGCGAUAAGCUGCAGCUGUUAGAGAUGACAAUAAUAGUUACUGUGAAUGUCCAUACACCUUGCUGUUCAGGGCUGUCUUCUCACAGAAGGAAAGUACUCCUGCAGGGCAAGAGUGCUGGAUUUUGCAGGCUCCUGUGCAAAUGGAAAAAUCUCAUCAUGUAGGAUUUCAAGGCAGCACAAGAAGUGGCAGUUCCUCUAAUCAGAGGCAUUUAAACAGGGUUUUGUUUAAUAUAUAUAUGCCUAUCUAUAUAAACUGAAAUGCUUUAUUCAGUUCAUCUUCAUUUACCAUAAUUAGUCAUUUGUAUGUGUCUUGGUUUACUGCUAGCAUACUUUGGGCUGAACACUUAAAGCAUAUAUAUAUAUACACUUGACGAGUCCAGAGUAAUAUGCGUUCAUUUUCUCAUUAGUCCUAGUAAAUAUUAUUUUUCUUGCCAGAAUUCUUACAUUAUGGAUAAAUUCAUAAAGCUGGUCAUUUUUUUCCAUCUUUUUUUUUUGGAAAGUUACAAGCAUCUGAGUGUGGAGAGUUAUAGCAAACUUUGCUUUUCAAGCUCUGUUGCAAUGAAUUGCAAAAACAUUUUUGCAAUGAUAAUAGAUUUUUCCACCACCUGCUGUUAUUUGACUGGAUUGCUACUAAGUCAAAGUUUUUAUGCUAUACUAGUAGAAAUAAGUUUUUAUCAUAAGUCUGUUUCAUCUUUGGUUUGGAGAUGCUAGAAUGGAUUUCCUUUGUAUGGGCAGCAAAAGCAACAACAACAAAAAAGAGUUGGCUUUUGCAAGUAUUUCAUCAGGUCUCCAUCAUAAAGGUAUAUUGACACGUGACAUGCUGAGAACCAUCAUGGGAUUUGACACAACAACUGAGACUGAAACAAGAACAAAUUCUGGUCGAAUGCAUGCUAUGGGUUUGAAUACUGGCACGACUAAAGGAAUCAUACUGAUUAUGUUGGCUAAAAGAAUCUGCUGACUUAUCUACUGUGUUCAUGAACUAGCUAAAAGAUAUCCUCAACCCUCUGAUGUUUAAUCAUUUCACCUCCUCUUGUGUUACUCAUAUAUUUGCAAGAGCGAUAAUGUAAGUAAACAUAACUAAAGAUUGGGGUUCCUUUUUCAGAAUCUGAUUAUAUAAUUAACCUACUGAAAUGUCUAUUUCUACAUUUUGUAAAGCAAUGUCUCUCUGCUUUUGUUAAUGUUUCAUUCAAUUUGGGUACACCAGAAGGUAGUUGAAUCAGAAAACCAACUUUGGGAUUUGUUUCUAUCUUUAAGGUACCUUUCUGCUCCCCUUUAUAUCUCUACAUUGGUGGUUAAUUUACAAAUAGUGGUUCAUUUACUCCUGACACAGGGUGGUGUCAAUUUAACACUUUUUAAGUGACAUUAAAAUGCAGGCAGAUGCACUUCGAGCAGUUGAGCACAUUAAGUACCCUCCUGAUGUUGCAAAGUUGUUCCUUUUCAGGCAAGGUCUAUCUCCUAACAGCACUAACUUUAGUAGGUCACUGUAUUCCAAGGAUUUGCAACCGUUGCAAGUGAACCUGUGACACCACCCUAACAUAUAUUCAGUUUAAUACAUUACAACAUUCCAGUGAUUGGUAACUGUUGCAAGUGCACUUGUAACAAGGUCUUUACCAGAGAUCAAAUCUGAAUUACACUUCCUGUACCGCUGAUAAGGACCUAAACUCCAACAUAUAUCAGAUUAAGAAAACUGAUUUAUUAGGAUAUUUUAAAAUUUUCUGGUCAAUAUUUUUAUUGAUCUUAAAGGAAUGGUCUCUAGAGAAAGAUUCUUGUAUUCCCCCAAAAGUGAAGGUCUGAUUCUGCUCUCACUGCCACUAGUUCUACAUUUUAUAUAUUUACCUCUCUGCACUGCAAGAGAAAACAGAAAUUAGGCCAGAAAAUUACAUAAUUUGGACCUAGAUUCAAAAUAUAGAGGUACAAUUCUUUGACCCUUACUUAGAUUGAAGCAUCGCAUACACAAAAAUAGUCUUAUUGAUGACUCUGGUGAGGCUACUGGUAUGUAUAAGUGUUAUUACUCAGUGUCAGUAAGUGAUUGUAGUAUUGGGUGCCAGCGCUGGUUUUUACGUUUCCAUUUACCCCUCACAAUUUUACUAUUUGGAAUAAUUUAUUUACCGGAAAUGUUUAAUGAGAUGUAUUUUCUAAUAGAAAUAUUUCUUACAUAAGGCUUUGUAGCAGAAUAUAUUUGCAGCCUAUUGACUUUGUAAUUUAGAAAAAAAAUGUAUAAUAAGAUUAAAUAUAUUAAAUAUCAUGGUUUUUCCCCAAA